AUGCGUUUCUGCUCUGCAAUGGUCCUCGCCGUCGGUACUGCUUUAGUCUCUGCCACGGCCAUUGGCGCUGUCGCUGAGGAAUGUAACUUAUUUUGCUGGUCUGAUGAUCAAUGCGACACAUGUCCGCUGUCUGGAUAUUUCCGGGUUUGCAUCAUUCCUUUCUGCUUUUAUAUAGCGGUUGGCACUGACGCGCGAGUUACUGUUACUAGUGAUUGGUCGACUCAAUGUGCAUCAGGACAUCAUCGGUCCACUUCCAAACUCGGUGUGAUGAUGAGUAGGUACAGAUGGCAUGUGCGCUGCCAUUUCAUUCUGUCACAAGUGCCUACAACGUAUAUCCGCAAAAUGGUAAUCUUGCACUUUGUCCUGUCAUUGGCGUGCUGGGGCGAUCAUCUUACGGUGGAAUCAAUAGACUCAGAUGCUCACGAUUUAGCCGGUGAAGCAGUUUGA